UCUUGGCAGGGGGACCACACGUGGGCGACCAUGUUGGGCCAGAGCGUGCGGUUGCAACCAGUUCCUAUCCAGAGCCUGUCGGAGUUGGAGAGAGCCAGGUUACAGGAAGUAGCCUUGUACCAUCUAGAGGAGAGGGACCUGGACUUCAAGAUCAGCAUCCCCAAAGAAAUACGCAAACGGAGGAAAUCCCUACGCAAGAGAUUUGACUCCUUCUCAAAGGAGAAGAAAGAGCGAGAGUCUGCUCCCAAGGCGUUCGGCAUUCCGCUCUCCCAAGUCAUCGCCAACGAUCAGGCCUACAAGCGACGGCAGGAUGCCCUGAAGGAGAGUAGACGUGACUGUCUCGACCUGGAGGCCAGCAUCCUGCGCUUCAGGGCAGAGAAGCGGCAGUUCUUUAACGAGAACAAACCUCUAGUCUGCUCCUCGGUGAUUAUGGGAGGAGGCCUAAGCUCGCCUCCGUCAAACUCGGUGGCACCGGCGCCGGUUUUGGACUCUCAGAGCAAACAGUUGUCGCCCACCUUUCUGGAUAACAGCAGCAGGGGACAGAGGAGGGGUGGGCUGUCAGUGGAUUGCAUCUCCGACCUCGUGGAGAGUCAAUCUCGCCUGCUGGAGGCCCUGCAGCUCUCCCACCCUGCUGAGCUAGAGUUGAAGAAAUCAGCGUCAGACGGGAGGACUCAGACCAAGCUCAGCCUCAACCCCAUCUACAGACAGGUGCCUCGGGUGGUGGAGAGUUGCUGCAGCCACAUAGAGAACUACGGGCUCCAGACUGUGGGCAUAUUUCGAGUCGGGAGCUCGAAGAAGAGAGUGAGACAGCUGCGAGAGGACUUUGACGUGGGGGUGGACGUCCAGCUGGAUGACGAGCACAGCGUGCACGACGUGGCGGCGCUGCUUAAGGAGUUCCUGAGGGACAUGCCCGAUCCGCUGCUGCCCAGGGAACUGUACCCCGCCUUCCUGCACGCCAACUUGCUGAGAGGAGCCGAGCAGCUGCAGUACCUCCAGCACCUCCUCUAUCUGCUCCCACCCUGCAACUGUGACACACUGCUGCGCCUCCUCUCCAUGCUACAAACCGUGCAGAGCUUCGCCCAGGACAGCAUAGGGACCAACGACGAGGAGAUUCCUGGUAACAAGAUGACGGCCGCUAACCUGGCUGUGAUCUUUGGGCCGAACCUGCUCCAGAGGGAAUGGGGUGGAGAUGUGAGCCCUCACGCAAUGGGCAUAGAGGACAGCACGGCGAACAUCAACGUCACUCUGGUGCUCAUCCAGAACUAUAGGAGGCUCUUCACGGUUUCUGCUGAACUUCAGCAGGAGGUCCUGAUGAGUCUGAUCCAGACGGACCCAGAUGUCAUCGACUAUCUGCUGCGGAGGAAACUCAGUGGGAGUCACCUGACUGUGGAGACCAGCAGCGAGUCAGGGGGACGUCGGGACACGGGGGUGUCUCUGGACUCGGUAGGAGCCUCGAGCGGCAGUCUGUCCCCUCUGGAGCCUUCUUCGCUGAUUUAUCCUCUGGACGGCAGGGGCAGAGAAGGCAGCCUAAACAGUGAAGUCUUCCUCAACGUCCUCAAACUAAACCAGAACAGAAAACGUCAGGAGGUGCAUCCCAGGAAAUCCAUCCACCACAUGCGUCACUUUCACUCCCACCACAACCUGCUCAGCCUGGCCAACCCCUCCUCCUCCUCUAGACUCCACGGUCAGGACGCGGACUCCCAGGACCGCCGGGUCACACUGGGCUCCGCUCUGAGCUUGGGUUUGGGCGGCGGUGGCAGCGGCGCAGGGAGCUGCGCCAGCCUGAGCGGCUCCACGGAGAGCAGCAGCGUCUGGGUGAGACAGACGCCGCAGGAGGAGGGCAAGGCGUCCAACUUCUGGGAUUUCUUCACAGGGAAAGGGUCGAGCUCUGAAACUGUGGUAUGAUGACGGGGGAGGACAGGGAAGAGGAGCAUGAAGGAAAACCUGCUGCACCUGAGUGUGUCCCUGCUGCCAAAGGUCAGGUGUUUAAAACAAAAAGACUUCCCCAGGUUACUGUCUUCAUCAGAAACAAUCUCAAGUUCCCUCUAACCCUUUAAGGCCGACGUGUGCACACUUUUGACUCCUCUUCAGUGCAUCACAGGUUAAAGCAGAAAAAUGAAAAGAAACACUUUUUUAAAAAAGACUGUUUGGAUUGAUGGAGUAAAAAUGCACAUUUCAGUCCAACACGAGCA